AUGGCCAUGCCACCAGGAAUGAACGGACUCCUCAAAUGGAGCGUCGAAAAUUCCACUGCCACCGACUCGGAUCCCAUCGCACCUCCUCCACAAAACCGAACCCUUCCACCCGAUGCCAUGAAUGUGCUCUUCGGUGGCCCCAGCGACGCCGACCUCAUGAAAGCCUCCAUCUACGCCGUCCUCUCCACCGACCCCGAAGUAACUGUUGAAGAUAAAGUAGUUGCAUUCGACAAUUUCGAACAGCUUAUUGAGAAUCUCGAUAAUGCUAAUAACAUCGAACCGCUUGAAUUAUGGAAACCUCUGCUAGAAUGUUUGGCACAUGAGGAGAAGGAGAUUAGAAGGAUGGCGGCUUGGUGCGUGGGAACCGCGGUGCAGAAUAAUGAGAAGAGUCAGAGGUUUAUGUUGAAUGCGGGGGGCAUACCGCUUUUGGUGCGCAUGUGUGCGGAUGAGAAGGAGGAGAAGGAUGUUAGGAGGAAGGCAAUUUAUGCGUUGAGUAGCGCGGUGAGGAACUUUCAGGAGGGCAUGGAUGUUGCGACGGAGGAGUUUGGUAAAUUGGGGAGGAGUGGUGAGAAGAUUGAUGCGGCAGAUAUGGAUGCUUGUGAUGUUUUGAUUGGGGGAUUGAGGGAGGAGGCUGCGAAGGGGGUUUGA